GGCUCGCUUGCAAGCGACAGCAUUCAGUCAGUCACGGUCGAUCGGCUGGUCGGUCGGUUCUCUAUCGUGUACCACCGCUGUUGGCUUUGUUUUCGCCGGUGUCUUCAGAUCAAAAAUGUCAUCGCCUACACAAGUGAUAAAAUGUAUUGGACCAAAAUUGGUGCCGUUCUUUAAGAGCGUGUCCGUGUACUUUGUAUUGCUCGCCGAGCAGCCGUCCGUGCUGACGGCUGUUUUGAAAUGUUUGCCAAUAAUGAGCCUCAUUUUUUUCGUCCUGUUGCACGGGAUCAGUUUGUCUAAAGAAUAUACCUUCUCCAGGCGUAUACUGAUAGGAUUAAUAUUUAGUUGCAUAGGUGACGCAUUUUUAGUGUGGCCCAAUUGUUUCACUGCGGGUAUGUGCAUGUUCGCCGUAGCGCAGAUUAUGUACAUAAUUGCAUUCGGAUUCGAGCGUCUCAGUUUAACGCUGGGCGCGUUACUGUACACGUUUUGUGCUGUUGUCAUAUACAUUUUGAUGCCCGGGCUAAAAGGUGUCUUAGCGAUAGGAGUACCAAUUUACACAAUAUUAAUUACUACCAUGGCAUGGAGAGCGAUAUCGCGGGUGCAAUUCUCCGGGGAAUUAACAUGGACUAAAUUAUGCAGCUGUAUUGGAAGCAUUUGCUUCGUCAUAUCUGAUACUUUGCUCGGGUUCCACCACUUCCAUACUAAAUUACCAUAUGCUCAAGUGUCUAUUAUGCUGACGUACUACGCGGCGCAAUUAGGCAUCGCACUGAGCGCGGUGGAUUCGAAAAACAACAGUAAUAACAGAGUACCUGCCAGUAAAGGCUGAAAUGUCUACGCUUAGUUCUUAUCAUCUGUCUAUCACGGGGAAAGGAGUGUGUCUAUACAGAUGCAAACCGGACUUUGAAGGGGUUUCACCUUUUACCUUGCCCGCUUUAGAACUACAUGCAUAAUUUUCCGUGGGGGAUCGUUGUGAUAACGUAUCUUAGACGUAUGUUGAAUAGCCAUAUUGUCGAAUAAAGGAGCUCAAGAGGGUUUAGAGCGGUGAAAUGUACCUUUGACUGUAGAAAGACUUAUAUACGUAUACAUAUAUAUAUAUUUUUUGUAUCAAUAGUAUGAUACAAAAGAUAUCCUAUAGAGACUUCGUACUAACUAUACUUGUGAUUUCCUAUUUUUUGUAUUUAUAUAGGGGAGAAGAUUUUAAAACGAUAUUGCAAUUAAAUAUAGCAGGAGAAUAAUAGGGAAGACCAGGGUUGGUUGUUUUAUAAGGGAUAGGAGAAGGUUUACGUAUUACGUUAUGUGAAGCGAAUAUACUUAAUAUCGAGAUGAAGAGAUGUAAAGAAUAUAUUGUAACAAUUAGUUCUGGUCUAUUUAACUCUUAGCAAGGAUUUUUCGACGCACGUAACGUUGUUUUCAUCAAAGUAGGAACAGUAUAGUAGUGUUACAACCAUUUCAUGACCGAUAUUUCUUUAAGUAUAAAUAGAAGAUAUAUUUAGAUCGUUAGUGGUAAGCAUUUUUUAUGCAUGUAUAGUGUUGCAUUUUUGAUUAUAAAAUUACAAUUAUCUCUCGUUUACAUACUCAAGCCAAAAUGCAAUAGCCUAUUUGCGAUAUGUAUGUUGCAAAGGACGUACAUAUUAUAUGUAAUAUAUGUGUACUGUUAAAGGGGAAGAUAUUCUUCUACGCAUACGUUAUAUAAGUGAUCUAUAGUCUGUCGUUGUCAGCGUUAUCACUUGUCAAUGUGAAUUAUCAUCUUACGAAACGUUGGUUGUAGCAUAGCUACAAAUAGAUUGUACCAUAGAUAGGUUCUUUACAUCAAUGUGUGUUAUACGUUAUUGUAUAUAUCAUCAUGUUACUUGA